AUGGCGCCUUCCGCGACCUACGAUGCGUCAGCCUCAGGGCUCAAUGAAUCCAAAGCCGCGCCUGCAAAGCUAUGGAGCGUGUCAGACCCCCCCUUCGAGGGGUAUAGAGCUGUAGACUCGGAAGGAUAUAAGCGUAGCGAUCACGAGACUGCUAUAGUAAUUGACAAUGGCUCGUCCGCUGUCCGCGCCGGAUGGUCCUUCGACUCGAAACCACAGCUCUCGGUGCUUCCCAACAUGGCCCGGUAUCGUGACCGUAAGCUGAACCGAACAUUCACCUUCAUCGGAUCGGACGUUUAUUCGGAUGGGACGGCGCGCGGCCAGUCCAAGCCCAUCUACGAGCCAGGGAGCAACAUCAUUAACAACUGGGAUGCAAUGGAGGGGGUCUUGGACUAUUGCUUCAUCAAGAUGGGUGUAGACGGAACAUCAGGGAGCAUAGACCGGCCCAUCGUCAUGACUGAGCCCGUUGCCAAUCUGGGAUACUCAAGGAAGAGUAACCAUGUCUGA